AUGGAUUUGGUUGCUGGUGUACGCAAAGAAGGCAGCCGCGGCGGCCGCAAUGAGUUCAAAUGGUCCGACGUCCAAAGUUCCGUCCACCGCGAGAACUACUUAGGCCACUCGGUGAUGGCACCAGUCGGCAGAUGGCAACAAAACCGUGAUCUUGGCUGGUACGCCAAGGGUGAUGAAGAAGAGGAAGAACGAAUCCGCAAAGAGCGAGAGGAACUUCAACGUGUCAAGGAAGCGGAAGAAGAAGCAAUGGCGAUCGCUCUGGGCCUCCCGGUGCCCCCCAAAGCAUCCGAAAACGCCAACAUGGUCCCCUUAGGGGGCGCUAGUAGUACCGAUGUAGUACCAAGAGAAGAAGCGAUGCCAGAUGUCGGAACAACGGAAAAGGACCAUCGCUCGAGUCACCGACACAGACGUGAGCGAUCCCGAAGCCCGCGACGUGAAAGGCGACAUGACCGGGCCGACGAUGUUGCACCCAUCGCUACAGAUCCCGCUCACGAUCUCGCGGCCGAGAUCACCACAGACGGCGCUCAGUCUCCCGUUCUAGGAGUCGACCCAGCCGCAAAGACGAAGAACAUCAGAAACGACGACGGAUGGAGCGCAGCUACUCGCCGGCUGAGCGUCGGCGACACCCCGAACGCAGACGAGACCGAGACGACUAUGAUCGCCGCCAUUGAGCUACAGACCAGGGAUAUGAAUUGA